UCUAGGUCUUGCAGUAGUACCCGAAGAGCUAAACUUUGCCACUGCAUGCUGUGUUGGGAUUGCUGCUCAGACUUCACUCAGGAUACAUAAUCCAGUAGACCGCUGGCUGCAAGUUAGCAUUGGGAUCGUUGGGAUUUCUGUAAAUGGUGAGAAGAUGGAUCCUGUGGCAUACCAGUGUUUGAUAAUGAAAAACAAAACAAUAGUUGGACCUUACAGUACAGAAGACUUGAAAGUUUUGUUUCUACCUCCCCAUCCUGGAGUGUUUCAGUGUUUGUUAAAUGUGUCAUCCUGCUCAGUGUCUGCAGAUAAAGAAACUGUAGCCAGAGCAGAAGCUCUGGCUGUGAGAGUGGUUUUGACAGCAGUGGCAGAAAAUCCAGUUAUAGAGGUGGAUUCUGAGCAGAAAGCAUGUUUGAAUUUUGGUGAACUUUCAUAUGGCAGCAGGAAGAUGCUUCCACUGAAACUGUUGAACCGGACUUGUGCUGUUGUGCCCAUCAGGCUUGUUAUAAGAGCAAAUGCUGCAGCAUGGCAGUGUUACACAUUUUCUAAAACGCCAGUGCACAUUUCAUGUGAACAGUUUCUUCAGACCGAUAAAAUCUUAAGAGUAUCUGCCCCAUCUGUGAUAAAUCAUGUGAUGCACGCUAACUGUGAGGGAAUGGAGCCUGAAGAAUUUGUAGUGUACAUUCACUUUCAUGCACCGCAGAGGUAUCUCCCCAAUUCAGAUCCUUUGGGCAUAUCUGAAGAAUUAUUUGCUCGAAUUGACGUUGAGUUGGAUAGUCCUGCAGGUACAAAAGUUUUGAAAAGCAUAGGUCUCACUGCCAAAGUUGGAACUGCCAGAAUACAUGCACCUAAAGACCUCCAGACCGUAUAUCUGUGUGCUAAAAUGGGCUGUACUGCCAAAGAAGUCCUGCCUUUAAAAAAUGCUGGAAAUAUUGCUGCCAGUCUAAAAAUUAAGACCACAAACCCAGAAAAAGGUUUUAAUGUCUGGCCUGAAGAGAUUUCACUUCAGCCUGGAGAAGAGAAAUCAGUGGAGAUAUCAUUUUGCCCUCUGAAUUCAGAGAGUUGUGGAGAAAGCAUUUUAACUGUUUUGGUGCAGCCUUUGGGUCCACAGUAUGAAGUUAAACUGAAAAGUGAGAUUCUCAAAACUGACAUACCUACACUGGCAACCACACAGGAAGUACCUCCAGUUCUAUCCAAUAGGCAGUUUUUGGCAUGGGGAGGAGUUGCCAUGAACCUUGCAGUGCAGCAGAAAUUGACUCUCAGAAAUGACUCUACAAAUAUAACACAACGUCUGAGACUGCUGGUGAAAGGUCAAGAUCAGGAUUGCUUUCAGUUGCAGAGUACUUUUGGCUCUGAGGAGAGAUUGACUAGCAGUCUAGAACUUGCCAUUCGUCCUAAAGAAGAUGCAAGCAUUUAUUUGUUGUUUGCUCCAACACGAGUGGCCUGCAUGCUAGCUAAACUUGAAAUUAAACCAUCUAGGCUUCAUCCCUUGCAACCUGGGAUAAAAUUCACAAUUCCCCUUUCUGGUUAUGGAGGAACAAGCAACAUAAUCUUGGAAGGUGUUAAAAAACUGUCUGAUAGUUAUGUGGCAACAAUCAGCAUUAUUCCUAACAGAAAUAGCAAAGUUGAAUUCAUUGUGAGAAAUACUGGCUCACGGGCUGCUUAUGUUAAAAUUGUAUGUUUAACGGAUCUUCACAGCAAGGCACUCAUGGAUCCCAAAGUUCUUGGUGUUUCUCCAGAGCAGUUUAUACUGAAAGAAAAUGCACACCAGAUGAUUACUUUAGAAUGUUGUUCUACUACAAGAGAAGUCAUUUUAUGUAACUCAAGCACUGGUGUUCUUUCCUGUGUAUGUUUUGUCACUGGAGAUGAAAUCUGCAGACAGCAGUUCCGCAGAAGCGUUUCGUACAAGCCAGAAGUAGCAAAGCAGAGUCUGCCAGAAAACACCAUCCUGAGAAGAAUUGAUUUUAGUUCAACUUUUCCUGGAGAAGAGCUGGUGACUGAAGUUUAUGAUCUUCCACAGCAUCCUAGUGAUGUCCAGAUGUUUUUUCGAAACACGCACAAGAUUCUCCUGAAUGUAGUUGGAAAUUACUCAACUGACAAAAACAGUUGUGAAUAUGAAGGCAGUACAGUGCAGACAUUUACACAACCUUGCUAUAAAUCAGACAGUGUACCAAGAAGUUCUGAAGAGCACAUCGGCAACAUGUCCUUGGAUGUUCUUCCAGUCAAAGGCCCUCAAGGCUCGCCUAUAAAUGUUGUUGAUCCAUUGCAUAAAACCCCUGUAGAGUCUUCACUUACAUGGAGCAUUGAGCCAGAUCAUCUCAUUCUCACUGCUCCAUCCAUCAAUGUAGAUCCAGAAACUGGACGUGCGCACAUUAUAAAUGACUCUUCCACAGACUUGAGAUUUGAAUUGACUUGGCCAGGCCAUUGUUUAACAGUUACACCUCAUCAUGGAGUAAUUGAACCUCGGAGUCGUCUUCUUGUUCUUGUGAGUCCCAAUUCAUCUCUUGCUACAAGAUGGUCACCAGCAGUACUACCGUGGAGUGGGCAGAUCUAUGUGAACUGUGGUGGUGAACAAAAGAUCAUUAAAGUCAAGAUACGUGAAGAUGCUACUCAAGAUAUCUGUGCAACAGCUGUAGAUACCAAGCAGGAUGAUCUUCCAACAAAUCUGGAGACACCGGUUGUAAACAUAGCUAAACAUCUCUCUAAAUCACCUGCAGCAAGAGUUGAGAUUAUGCCCAAGAUGCUGACAUUUCCUCCAACUGCAUCUGGUUCCUGUUCAGAAGAACAUAUUCAAGUUAAAAACCUCGAGGAAGAAGCUAUCCGAUGGUAUGUGAUGUCAUUUGCACCAGCUUAUGUCAAGGGGGUUGAUGAGAGUGGAGAUGUUUACAGAGCAACCUACUCAGCUUUUCAAUGUUCGUGUCUUUCCGGCACAGUAGCACGUUUUGGAGAAACAAAGGUGCCCAUAACCUUCUGGCCUAGAGAUAAAGGAAGAUAUUCACAGUUUUGGGACUUUGAGUAUCACCCCAUUGCCGAACCUCAGAAAACGGGCAAAAUUCGAUUUCAGCUUUGCGGAGAGGGCAUUAGAUAUGAUAAAAGGCCAGUAAAGAGCAAGAAUCGCUCUACAACUGUGGUAAAGACCGAUGCUGCUGUUCAGCAUACAACCGAUCCUGUUCCUGAUCUAUCCAUUCCAAAACACAGGAUUAAGAAUGUCUCUACAACUCUGGUAAAGACUGAUGCUGCUGUUCAGCAUACAACAGAUCCUGUUCCUGAUCUAUCCGUCCCAAAACACAUGAGUAAGACUGUCUCUACAACUCUGGUAAAGACAGAUGCUGUUGUUCAACAUACAACAGAUCCUGGUCCUGAAUCAUCUGUUCCAAAACACAGAAGUAAGAAUGUUUCUAGAACUCUGGUAAAGACUGAUGCUGCUGUUCAGCAUACAACAGAUCCUUGCCCUGAUCUAUCCAUUCCAAAACCCAGGCGUAAGAAUGUCUCUACAACGCUGGUAAAGACUGAUGCUACUGUUCAACGUACAGCAGAUUCUGGUCCUGAAUCAUCUGUUCCAAAACGUAGAAGUAAGACUGUCUCUACAACGCUGGUAAAGACUGAUGCUACUGUUCAGCAUACAACAGAUCCUGGUUCUGAAUCAUCUGCUCCAAAACACAGGAGAAAGACUCUCUCUAAAACUCUGGUAAAGACUGAUGCUGCUGUUCAACAUACAACAGAUCCUGUUCCUGAAUCAUCUGUUCCUAAAAACAAGAGUAAUAGUGUCUCUACAGCUCUGGUAAAGGCAGAUGAUGCUGUUCAGACAGAUACUGGUCUUGAAUCAUCUGUUCCAAAAAAAAGGUUCCAGUGGUUCGGGUCUUCUGUGGCUUCUGACUUUGUGGUCUUAACAGUUUGCGUCUCUAUUCUUGGAUCUACAGUUUGUUUCAUGUCUUCAGAAAGCCCUUCCAGCCCCGCCAGCCCGAACAUUUUUGGUUCGGAAACAAACAGUAACAGUGACAUUGCGGCUUUAUUGCUGGCAGUGUCUCAGAGAUUGGAUUCUCUUAACUCGAGACUUGAUGUUAUCGAAAAGAGGAAUUUUCAGGUGGUUCGAGGCGACUCAAACACCAACUGUAAUGGGACAGUUACGGAGCGUUCAGGAAACACGGGGACGUGUUCCUUGCCAGCGGCUCAGCCUGUCCGCUCCUUUCCUAUCUUUAAUACACAAAAGGAUGCAAGUAUUACUACGCCGACUAUUUUGUCUGAGCAUGACAAUCAGGAAGGUACACUUAUGGGCACGUCAUCACUGUCCGAAUGGAUGAAGAAUACAGGUGAUUUUUUUGUUUUUUUGAAACCUCUUGGAGAUGACAUGCCGGUGUCAGUUGACGGUUCUAACCGUAAAUGUACUGUUGAUAUUAAUGAGAAACUCAAAACCUUAGAUAAUAAGAUUUUGAAAUUAAGGAAGCUGCAACUAGAAACAGCGUACUUUAAACAGUGCCUUAAUGAGAACAUCGUACCCAAGGGUUUGAGGAACAACUUUUCCCCUUCAAACUUGAUUCCAGGGACUGCCUUUUUAAGUGACCUGCAAGCACUUUUUCAAAUGCAGGGGGUACAAUUAAUUGAACUGAUUAUCAAACACUACUCCAUGUACAUUGACGAACUGAUGCAAGAGAUUAACUUGCUUGAUAGAGAGAUUAAAUUUGAUAUUAAUUUCUCUAGAUUCAAGUAUGAUUAUAAUCGUAUAUUUUCGAGCAUCGACUCCUUUAUGAUCAAGUUAAAAAAUAAUAAAUCCAAAAAACUGUCUCGAGAUAGGGCUAUAUAUCAAAAUGACAGAGCCUAUCCGAAACUUAUAGUGAGACAAGGGGAAGCCAAUGAUCUCACUGAUAAAGAACAUAAUAACGAAGGGGAAGAGGAGCAGGUGUCAGCUAGCACUGAUUGCGACAGAGGAGAAAAAGACAACGGUCCUAGGAGAAGCAACAGGAAUCGAAAUAAACCUGGGCAAUCAGUGACGACGAAUGAAGCGCCUACAAAUGCGACUGCGAAUACAGUUCCAAAGCCGUCACAGAUACACAACUCAAAAGGUGACUUCACCAUUUACAAUUUCUCAACUUUGGAACUUGAACCUGAACUAGUAGAAUUGCUAGCUCUGGGGAACACCUUUGUUCCUACUAGAUAUUGUGAUGUUGUUAAAUUACUCAUAGAACUGAAAUGUUACGUGCGAAAACUCAACCUGAAACUGUUAUUCAAUGAUAUGAGUAACAAUGCUAAUAGUGGUUUGAAACUUUCCAGCGUUUUCAACCCUCCAAUACAUGUAGUGUUGAGAAUUUUUGAAAAUGCAUGUGAAUUGGAUAUUAGGAAUAUGGACAGGUUGAGUAACUCUACACGUAACACAUUUAACAUCACAAAAGAACAAAUACAAGCACUUAAUCACUUACGUGACUCUCCGGUUAGGGUCAUCAAACCGGAUAAAGGGGGUGGUCUGGCCAUUUUCGAAAACACUGAUUACACACAGAGAAUGUUAAUGGUCUUAGACUCCCCAGCUUAUGAAAGUGCUUCUCUCAAUACUAUGAAUGGAUCUGUGAACAGAAUUAAAGGGUACUUCAGGGACCUUUUCAUUAAUGAUCGUACCCAAGGGACUGAGUUUUUUUUUAAGUUCCCUAAUGGUGUCCAGGAAGGGCAGCCUUUACAUGCAGAACUAAGUGACUUUUUCAACAAAUCAGGUAUGGAAUUUCUAAAAAUAUUGAUCAAGCACAAUGAAUAUAUUAUGGGAGAACUUAAACCCGUCAUCCUUAAUAUCGACGAAGUAUUAGCAAGACUGCAUGUUUUAAAAGAAAUUAAGUCUGAAUAUGGGAAUGCUUUCCCUUUAAAAGGCUUUUCCAGUGCAGCUAACAAUUUAAUUGCAAGAACUAAUCCAAACUGUUAUCCAGGAGAAAGAGGCGCCUCUUCACGUAAGGGAAGGGCGAACACCUGCGUUGAUUUGCAAACGGAAAAACAACCCCGCACACAUUUUGUUAAUGAAUCACCAAGUCUGGUGGAAGAUAUUGAAUUCAAGGAUACUGUAGAAGAGCUGCUGUUCUAUCCUGCUAAUUAUACUCCUGUUGAGAAUUCUAUUGUUUCAAAAAACUUGGCGUCCUUAGUCGGAGGAGGCCAGGUGCAACGGAGUCUAACAAGAAGCAAGAACAUGAAGAAGGACUAA